UAAUUAUACAUCAGAAGUGUAUACAUUAUUUUUAGUGAAGCAAGGAUUAUAAAUGUAAAUAAAAAUAUUUACAAAAGUGUAUGUGAGAAACUUAACCUCAACUAUUUUAUUCAAUAAAUAAAUAAAUUCUAUUUUAAUUAAAAGGAGUGAAAAAAAUACAAAAAUGUCUUCACCAAUUGUAACACCCGGAUCUCAAGCUCUUGAAGCAAUUAAAAAUAUCAAGGAUUUGGCUGUAUUUAAAAAACCAUUAGGUCCUGCAAGACGCAGUAAAAAAUUUCGACCUAAAACUUUAGAUGAAGACACGUAUAUUGAAAAAAUGGGUGAAAUAAUACAAAGAGAUUUUUUUCCUCAUUUAGAAAAAUUAAAAGCUCAGAAUGAUUAUCUAGAUGCAAUUGAACAAAACGAUGCUAAAAAAAUGAGAGAUUUGUAUACAAAAUACAGUUCUGGACAACCACUUACUGAAAGAAUAACUAGUCCAGCAACAUUUGAAACUCCCUUGCGUGAAGAUACUAAUAAUCUUACGAAGAAUAAUAAAGAUUCACAACAUUGUUCAACAACCGGAGAAAAUACCACAGAUAAUAAAACACAGGUAAUGGGUUUGGAUGUAUAUCUAAGCACGCAUACAAGUGAAGAUAAUGCGAGUUUUGAAGAAAUGAUGGAAGAAGCAGAUAAACGUCAGAGGAUUAAAUAUGCCUGGUUAUAUAAAAUGGAAGAAAAUUCGCAAGCUCUGAGUCUUAAUGCUAAUGAAAAUACUUUAGCUAUCACUGACAAUAAAAGUUCAAAACCAUUAAUGUUAGAUACCUGGAAUUAUAGAAAUAAAAACUACAUAAUGUAUAUACCUGAUGGAGUAGAAUUAACGCCAGAAGAAAAAAUAGAAAUGGCUAAAAGGAAACAAGAAAUAGUUCAUUCUAAUACAAGGUUAAAUACAAAUCCAUUCAAUGAAAAACACAAUAAAGAGACACUUAAUGAAUUAGCUAAAUCCCAAUUAAAAGUCUAUGACGGAAAAAUUGGUGUUGACGGUAAGGAAGUUAUUAGAAAUCUUACACCAAAAGUAAAUGGUUUCAGUUUUGUUGCUACUCCAAGUCCUAGGCCAGAAGAUUGUGAAAGUCCUCUGAUGACAUGGGGAGAAAUUGAAGGUACACCUUUUAGAUUGGAUGGCGGUGAUACACCGUUGUUAAGGUCUAAUCAAGGGCCAUCAUUUCGUAUGGCUGAACCACCUAAAAGAGAAAAGCUAGCUCUACAAUUAGCAGAAAAAGCGGGUGAACGACACAGAGAUAGGAAAAGUAAAGCACUAGAAGCUGCUAGAAAAUCAUUUGCAACGCCAUCACCUAGAUGCUUAUCAACAAUUGAUCGUCUCAGCACAAUGUCACCAGCAGCAAGAAGAUUAGCCACGCAAAAACUCCGGAUUGUUGGCACUCCAAGUCCUCGGCGAACACUAUUAAGAUCACCAUCGAUUGGCGUAAAAACUCACAGUCUAUCACACCGAGCUACACCGAAUCAGACUUCAUUAAAAGAAGUACAUUUAGAUAGCACUUCUAAAUCUAAAGAUACUAUACUUACUGAUAAUCUACUUAAUUUACCUCAAAGACAAAGAGCUUCCGACUUUUUCAAUUAGUUGGCAGAAUAUAUAAAGUAAAUUCAAUAAUUAUGGUUUUUUGUUAUCCGUCAGAAUUGAAAAAUGUUAUUUAAUAAUAUAGACGUUAAUGCUAUAAAUAUUUUUAAAUAUAUGUCUCUAUUGAUUCUAAUUAGUCUUUGAAAUUUUUUUGUAUCUAUGAAAAAUGUUAACUAUAAUAUCUUUUUUAAAUUAAAGUGAAAAAAUUUUUGUUAGUCAAACGGAAGAGUAUGAGAUUCUUGAUUGCCUAUACAAUAUCAUUUCUUUGGUAAUUUAAUGAGUUAAUGAGGAAGAGAAUUAUGCAAAAUUUAGUAAAAGAAAAUAUUAUUUGACAACCAGUUAAAUUAAACAUUCCGAAACGACCGGAACUUAAAAAAUAAUAAACGCAUUCAUAAACAUUUGUCUGCAUUGAAAUUCAAUUAACUCGUAAUAUUUAAGGUAAAACAUUUCGCAACUCAGGAAUAAAAACAGGAAAAAUUUUAAAGAAGUAUCUGCGAAUAAUAAAUGCAAAAAAUGUAUACUAAUAUUUCUCGACUUAUUUGUUUUUAAUAAACAUCAACAAUUUA